GCCCAGACUGGAGACUGGCAAUCCCUCAGGCUGCAUUUUGUCAUGUCUGGUUGACAUGAGGAAAGGAGAAUUGCUCCUUAUUAGGUGUCAGGGAACUGGGAACCCCAUUUUCAGAGGAGGAAAGAUCAACUGUUUAAAAAUGAAAGAAGCAAAUUGACAGCCCUGUCUGGUUUGAAGCAGGAGACUGUUCAUUUGGAGGGACCAAACAGGGUAAUUUGAAAACUCCUGUUGGAAUAAUAAGUCUUUAAUGGCUGGAAUAUUAUUAUGGUUCAUAUUCCCGAGGGCUACCAAUGUUAGAUGCUCAGUUGUGCUGGAGUAUGUCAGACAUUCAGCCUGGUAAAAGGUAGGGAGACUCUCACAAGCUGGGGAGGUGAAUAUUAUGUACAGCCACUAACAAGGGUGCUGAGCCACAGGAGCACUUAAAUGUUGGCUGUGGAAUACAUUUUAAUUGGUUAAGUGCUUUGGUGUGUUUUUGAACCAGGCACAUUAUCUGUCUGCAGGAUUUCCUCGCCCAGUAUGGAUUGUUAAAGUGGAAAGGAAAAUGGAUGUUGCUCUCUGAAGCCCAAGGUGCUCUGUGGCAGAUCACUAAUUGCUGCUUUUGUGGGCCAGGAGGCCACUGCAGCAGGGAGGGAGGGCAGAGUGUCAGCACUGGACACAGUUUCAUGCCAGACACAAGGUUGUUAAUGCUCAUGUGCUGGCCCUGCUUCCAUCCAAAAGCAGCAAAUGCCCUCAGUGACCUUACUGGAGAUGAGUGAGAGCUCUCAGACAGGUGCUGAUGCCAGUAAGAGUGACUCCAGUGACUGACAGGGUGGAUGGUGCACACAAAGAAGAAAUAGCAUCCCACAGCACAGCUGUAAAACUGAGCCCUUCCUUCAGGAAAUGAGGCUCUGGAAGCUCAGGUGUGUUGUGCUUUUGUACAGCCCUGUAAGGAAAACAUCAUCUGAGUCCAAAGCUGCAAGAAAUGCCAACCAGAGUGGCUCUAGGGCUUGAGCUACUUGCAAAAAAAUAAAAACUUCAAGGUUGAAAGACUGGUGACAAAUCUCAGGGUUUGUGGCUUAAGGCUUGGAACAAAUGUUGAUGGUUUUUCCUACUGGAAAAUUAACGUUGCAUUCCUGUGCUGUGUAUGAGUUAUGGUAGGUUGAAAGAAAAACACCAUACUUCUGAUUGCAACCAUGCUUUUCUUUCUUUUUUCCCACCACUUCUUUCAGACAGAAUUAAUAUAGCCAAAAACUUGCACGUUAUUAAGUAAAAUAAGAGUUUACUGCUAGAAAUGAAUGAUCAAUGGGAAAAAGAAAGAUGUCAAGUUAAGAGGCUUCAACUCGUGUAACACCGAAACAGAAGAUGAGAGCCCUCCUGCCAGCAGCAGCCUGCUGCAAGCGGUAGCCGAGGCAGAGAGGCUGCCAGGGAGCAUUUGAAGAGCUUCUCCCUGCGGCUGCUUCGCUUCCCAGUGCAGCUCCCAUGGCCUGUGACGAGCCCGCCGCUCUCUCGGGCAUCUUCACACGCCAGAACUCCUCCAGCGCCAGCUCCCUGGACUUCGAGCCCGACGCCGACUACAGGUUUGUGGAAAGCCUGGAGGAGCGGUACAAGUGCACCUACUGCCACCUGGUCCUGCGCAACCCCCACCAGACGGGAUGCGGGCACCGCUUCUGCCAGCAGUGCAUCCUUGCGCUGAGAGAGUUAAAUGCAGUACCCACCUGUCCUGUUGACAAAGAAACAAUAAAAAUGCAUGAGGUAUUCAAAGACAACUGCUGUAAAAGAGAAGUUCUCAACUUGCAUGUGUUCUGCAAAAACUUUCCUGAUUGCAGUUCAAAAGUAAUUCUGGGGCGAUAUCAGGAGCAUCUGCAGCAGUGUCUGUUUGAAUGCAUGCAAUGCACUAAUGAUGGAUGUCGGGAUCGAGUUCUUCGCAAAGACCUGAAGGAGCACUUGAGGCAGCAGUGUAAAUUCCGAGAAGAGAGGUGCCAGUACUGUAAUACAUAUGUGGUGUUCAUUAACAUAGAGAAUCAUGAGAAAAAUGACUGUCCUGAUUAUCCUGUGCCUUGUCUCCAAAACUGUUCACAAAUAAUUCUGAAAAAAGAGAUUGAAAAGCACCAUGCUGUGUGUCCCGAGGCAGAAGUGGACUGUCCAUACAAGCAGUACGGCUGUCAUGUAAAGGUUAAAAGAGGGAAACUUGCUGAACAUGAAAACAGUGCCCUGAGGGAACACAUGCUGCAGAUUUUAGACAAGAACUCCCGGUUGGAAGAGCAGAUAUCUGACCUGUAUAAGAACCUGGAAUGUAAAGAGAUCAAAAUCCAGCAGCUAGCAGAUGCCAUUAAGAAGUGUGAGAAAGAAUUCAGACAGUAUACACAACUGUUUGGUAACAAUAGCAACUUGAUGGCUCUGGCCAGUCACCUGGAUAAGUCUGCACGCCUGGAAUCACAAGUGAAACAGCUAAUACAGAUGGCAAACCAGCAGCAAAGUAAAUUAGACCUGCAGCCCCUGUUUGAGACAAUUGAAAACGUGAGACAGAAGAUUGCCCUGAUGGAGACGUACGACCAGCGUUUAGUUGUUUUAGAAGAUCAGUCCAGCAAACAUGAUCUCCAGAUCAAUAUUCACAAAGCACAGCUCAAUAAAAAUGAAGAACGAUUUAAGCUUUUGGAAGGCACGUGCUACAAUGGGAAAUUAAUCUGGAAAAUCACAGACUACCAGAAGAAGAAAAGAGAGGCAGUGGAAGGCCGUGUGCUGUCCAUAGCCAGCCAGCCCUUCUACACCAGCCGCUGUGGGUACAGGUUGUGUGCCAGAGCCUACCUGAACGGGGACGGCUCGGGAAAGGGAACGCACAUCUCCCUCUACUUCGUGGUCAUGAGGGGUGAGUUUGACUCGCUGCUGCUGUGGCCUUUCAAGCAGAAGGUUACACUUAUGCUUCUAGACCAAAGUGGGAAAAAAAAUCACAUCGUGGACGUCUUUAGAGCUGACCCCAACAGCAGCAGUUUCAAAAGGCCGGAUGGAGAAAUGAAUAUCGCCUCCGGCUGUCCGCGCUUCGUGCCGCACACCGUCCUGGAGAGCACAAAGAACACCUACAUCAGAGAUGAUACUCUCUUUUUGAAAGUGGUCGUGGAUCUAACUGAUCUGGAAGAAUUGUGAAAAGCAUGCCCACUCAAUGUGACUGCUGUAAGCAUGAGGAGCUGUUUUUGUGGUGAGCACCAGCCAUGCAAUAGCAAAUUGCCACCAGUCAAGCUACUGAGACUGUUUCAUGACUUUGGACUACAGGACAGAUAAUGAAUUGCCAAAGCAUCAGCCUUUCCUUUUCUAUCCUUUUCUUCAAGACUGCAUUUUUAAGGCAGCUAGAAGUCCAGGUUGGUGCAAACAUGCAUUCAAUCCAGAUUGAUUCAGUCCACGGUGGAGGGAAUGAUUGGCUCCCAUCACCAGACUGGCAUUUGGAGAUGAACCUCCUCCAGUAAAUUCCCAGGAGCCCAGGCAGGCCUGUGGGCUUCUCUCCCUCAGACAGAAGUGAAGCCAUGCCCAGACAUGCAAGUGCAUUUCUUCUGUCUGCAAUGGAAACAUUUCAACAUUAGCAAAUUUGAAUCAAUAUGUCUUGAUCCCUCCAUCUCCUGGAUUUUUGAAGCAGGGAGAAUGGCUUCAGUUAGGCAGGGAAAGCAUUUAAAACAAUUUGUUUUAAUUGUACUUUUCCAGAAAGCCCAGAGGAAGGGGCCAAUGCCUCCUACCUUUUUAGCCUGUUGUUUCAGCUGUACAGAGUACCCCAGGUCACAACAGCUUUCUUGUGUCCUUUCCACUCCUGCUUAGUGCCUUGGGACUGGUUUCCAUUGGUGGUAAACAUUCAUAGUUCCUAUCUGAAGCCAAAAGCUGCAGGUGCUUCUCACCUCUCAGGACAUGACCAGAUGCAGGGCACUUGGCCAGCCUGCCAGUUCCUGGCUGCACUGCUGGAAGAGGGGCAAAUCUCCGGUUCUUUUGCUUCCACAUCUGUGCAAAAGAGAUGUUUUCUGGCCUUACCAGCUCUACAAAAGGCAGGAGGAGCUUGGGGAAUAGCUCACUUAUGUAACAUGCAAUUUUCCUCUCUCCUAGAAGUUUGGGGAAGAAGGGGGAAAAUAGAUUAGGGAGUGAGGUUGCUGUAAGAACCCAAUUUUGACAAUCAUUGAGGCUCUAGUGUUUGCUAAGGGAUGACACAGCUGCUGACUGUGAUGUGUGAAGAUCUUAAUUUUUAUUCCAAGUUCCUUCCAUAUUGCAAAGGAAUGUGUGCAUUGUACAGGGUUUAUUGAAGACACACUAAAACCACCAAGGUCAGGCACUGAUGAACAAGUGACACAGAACACAUGUGCCUUUUUAAAGCCCUUUGGGUGCCUGUAAGAGGGAUGUAAUUUUGCAUACUCAGUGAUUUUUGUUAUUACAAGUGGCAGCAUUUUGCAUCUCUCAUCUCUUACAGGUAGGGAAACACCACAGCAUUAUCCAUUGCUCCAAAGCUUAUCAAGAGACAGCAAGAAACUAAGCUGGUUUUAGAGUUAGAGUAAACUAGGCAGGAUAAAAAUUAAUACAGGGCACAGACUGAAAAGCAUAAGAUAGAAAAUUCAGGAGGGCAAAUGUGGUAAAAUGAAGAAUGCCAAGGACUGAUACCAAGAUGAAGGCAAAAUACUUUAUUUUGUAUCUGCAGUCUUAUUGCUAGACAUUCACUUUCCCAAAUGGUUUUCAGGACAUAGUUCAGACACACGUAUUUUCUAACUCAGGGGUGGAGGGGAAGAGACCUUAGUAAUCUGUACCUCAUGGUGGGUUAGCACAUGCAGAAUCUUUGUUUUGAUCUACAAGUCCUUUUUGUUUUAUAAUGUCAGGAUGUACUGAGCCACCAUAGGGGCUUUCCUAUGUUCCUGGGACAGAUUGUGAGGAACAAAUUUUAUUCUUGUGUACUGCCACCAUUGACCUCAAGAGUAAUUUCAGCUGUAAACCAGAAUGAAUUAGGCAUAACACUUGGUUUCAGAAAGAGCAGGCUUGUUUUGAUAGUGGUGUGCCAUUCUGUGACAUCAACCCUGAGCCUGGCUUUCAUAUCGCUUAUUACUUUAAUAUUUGUCAUGUAACUUUCAAAGUGACACACAACUUGCAUAAUAACCACUAACAACUGAUGGGAAUGUACCAUCCCUGUGUCCUGGGGCUCUCCAGUACACUGAGUGUUAAAUACAGAAAGUGAUAAAGAACUCGGACAAGCAAGGGAGGCAAGAUGAAAAGGAUGUGUGUGGCCUGGAUCCUGGGAAAUUCCCAGCCCUCUCUGCCUCCACCACCCCAAAUGUAAAAUGGGGGUAAUAAUACUUGCAGAAGCAUUAGGGCUAUUUAAAUGUUUGUGUAGAAGUUUCAGCAUGAAAAGAGCUAAGUAUUAUUAAAACUCCAUUUCUAGUUGCUAGAGUAGGUGAUGGCAUUGUGAUGUGGAUAAGUGUUUAGUGUUUUCCUAGACAGAUUUUGGAAGCAUGUUUGGUUUUAGGCAGUUCCUACUGCAAUUUCUCCUCUACCUACUGGUUGGGUUUAGGUUUUUGCCAUAAAUAUUCCUUUUAAAAUUCUGAAGCACAAAUUCAUCCUGGGUGAUGGAAACAUCCCUUUUGAAGUACUGCCUGUUUUAUAAAGAAUUAGUUGAGAAGAUUAAUUUUUUUAAAGACAACCUUCUUUAAAUUUGUUUUAGUACAGGAAUUAAGAGAUUUAUGUUAAAAUUUUCAGUGAUUUUUUUUUACUGCUUGUGAACCGGGUUUUAAAUUUCAUCCCAUUCUUAAUAAAGAAAAAAAAAAGUUGUAUAGCAUGAAUAUCAGGAAGAAUUUUGAUGUUGCAUGAAGAAUACCAAAAAACUUUUCAAUAAUAUUGUACUGGGUAAGUAACCAAAAGAGCGUAGGGUAUUUCUACAUCAGCACACGAUACAUUUCUAAAGUAUUUAUUCAUAGUUUGUAGUUGUUUGAAUAUCUCUUACUACAACAGAGGCAUUUUUCUAGCUGAAUGUCUUUACUGUGUACAUAAUCUAAUGUAAGAAUAAAUAAUUUUAUCAUCCUUCCAGAAGG